CUGCUCGGAGGGGCGCAGGGCUGCUCGCCCGGCUGCGGCAGCGGGGAGCCGCCGAUGCUGAGUUCCGGCAGCCCCGGGGGAGCUAUUUAAAGCCACGGGCCUCGCUGGACUUUGUCUCGGCCUAUUUAUGACUCCCCGGGACUUGGCAAGGGGCAGCGCGGGGCAGUAGCGAGCGCUCGGAAAGCAUCCCGGGGCGAGUCCCGGCCGCCGCCCGGGGCCUGUCUGCGCCGGCGGGAGCAUGAAGGGGCCGCAGAGUCUCCUGCUCUGGGCCGGCUGGCUGCUGCUGCAGCGCGGCUCCGGCCAGCCCUACCUCCGCCUCCGGCCCUCCCCGAGCGACAACCUGCCCGUCAAGGACAUCCUGGAGCACCCGGACCCCGAGUACGACCCCAAGGAGCAGGACCUGGACGAGCGGACACUGAGGAAGAAGCUGGGCAGCAGCUUCGAUCCCGCGUUCAUGUCGGUGGCCGCCCCGGCGCCGGGGAACCUCUCCAGCCCCGCGCCCCCGCCCAGGCUCCGGGGCUCGGCGCCGCUGCCCGGCGAGCUGAAGAAGCUGGAGCUGGGCGAGAGCCCCUCGGGGCCCCGCCUGAAGCUGGGCAAGAAGGCCCGGAGGAAGUUCCUGCAGUGGCUGUGGGCCUACACCCACUGCCCCGUGCGCUACACCUGGAAGGACCUGGGCGUCCGCUUCUGGCCGCGCUACAUCAAGGAGGGCAGCUGCUUCGCCGAGAAGUCCUGCUCCUUCCCCGAGGGCAUGUUCUGCAAGCCGGCCAAGUCCGUGCCCAAGACCUUUCUGCGCUGGUACUGCCAAGGCUGGUCCAGGCAGAAGUACUGCACCUGGAUCCCGGUCCAGUACCCGCUGAUCUCGGAGUGCAAGUGCUCCUGCUAAGCCGCGCUGGGGAGCCGCCUCCGCCGCGCUGGGCGUGCCCCCUGCUCGGCGUGCCAGGCUCCUGGACGGACUCACCGGGAUCCCAACUGGAGCGAGAGGGCGGUCUCCAUUGCCCUGCAGGUUCCCAACCCCGUUGCAUCGGGAUCUCAGAGGAUCGGUGCAUCAGGAGGCAUCAUCCAGUCCAGUACCUAGCUGUCUCUCGCAGUGCAACUCGCCCCCCCUUCCCCUCCCUCCCACCGAGACCCUGAGACUGAAAGGACACACACAGAGAUGGGCACACGCUCACAUGAGGAUCUGUUUGUGCAUUUCUUUCCCCUUAUUACAUCCCUUGCACUGUUUAUGGCUUAUUGUAUUUUAAAUGGGAAAAGCAAAAUUGAAAGGAACUGCAGUGCAGGCCAGAUGCAAAGCUAAGCACUACAAUCAGAUGUUUAUUUUUAUACAUAUAUAGCGUUCUAACAAAACAAAACAGAGAGAGAGAGAGAGGGAGUUACCAGCCUUGUAAAUAUAGAGAUUUUAAAAAGAAGGGGAAAAUUGCAGCUGUUUAUUAUUAUUAUUUUAUUUUAUUAUUAUUAUUAUUUUAUUAUUAUUAUUUUAAAGACAUAGGACCACAUUUCAAAUCCAUCCCACUAAAAUCUGAGUACUUCCCUGCAAAAGGGAAGGGGGAAAUUUCCAGUCAAGAUGAUUCAACAAAAAACCAACACAGAAGCCCUUGAAGAUCUUAAUUUCUAUUUGCUGUAUUUUUGUCUUCUUCAAAUGUUUCAGCUGAUCUGCAAAGCUCUCUAUGUUUUUUAAAAGUGUUUACUGGUUAAUUACAAAGGAGAUUUUUUUAAAAGUACAAAGUUAUGAAAGAGUGGAGUCUGUUUUGUUGGUUUUGGAAUACAUAUAGUAAUGUAGAGAUGUUAAAAGAAAUUUUCUGUGUACAGUUUAUUUAUUUUUAAUGUUUGUGCAUAAAAAAACUAGAGAUUAUGCCAGAAAAUAUUGGAAAUGUUUACUUGAAUAUUCCUUUAAAAACAUAUCAGUGUUAAUAUGAACUAUGACUGAUCAAAACACUUUUAGCAAUAAACUCUAUCUCUGAAGAAACAAUUA